AUGACGGUCUGUUUUGUGCCUCUGCCCCCCAGCCUCACCUCUCCCAGCCCUAUCAACAGCGCCAAGAGUGAGUCGGGCAGCACCCCUUCCGGGGAGAAGGCGGGGUUUGACCUUGGCCACGACGAAGAGGGCGACGAAAAAGCAGGAACGAGGGCAGAAACCUGGGGCCACGCUUUCCCAGAGUUAGACCACAGAUAUGUCGUUGCCCACGUGGAAGAAAAUGGUGGUCGGUUGCCCGUGGAAUGGUCCCCCAAGUGUCCUGCCCCAAGCCUGGAGACUUCGUGGGAGGAGCAUCUCCUGGAACAGCAGGAUCACUUGGAGAAAGAAAUGGAAGAAGCCAAAAGGAUGAUCUCUGGACUGCAGGCGCUGCUGCUGAACGGGUCCCUCCCCGAGGACGAGCAGGAACGCUCCCUGGGGCUGUGCGAGCAGGAUGGUGCUCUGGAAGAGCAGCUGGUCAUCAUCCGGAGCCGCCUGGAUCAGAGUCUGGAGGAGAACCAGGACCUGAAGAAGGAGCUGCAGAAAUGCAAGCAGGAAAACCGAAACCUGCAGGGAGUCAAGGAUGCUUUGCAGCAGAGGCUGGCCCAGCAAGACACGGUGAUGCUUCAGAUAAAACCGGAGCUGCUGAGAGCAAAUAUGGAAAAGGAGGAAUUGCACAGCCAGAAUGCUGAUCUCCAGAGGAAAGUGGAAGAAAGGAACCGGCUUCUGGCGGAGUACAAGAAAGAGCUAAGCCAGAAGGACCGGCUCCUGCAUCAGCACCAGGCCAAGAUGGAAGAGAUGCUACACCAGCUCUCCGAGGCCGGGUAUCAGCAGGCCGAGCUGGAAAAGGAGCUGCAGCACAGGGAACUUCUCCUGGCGCGCUGCCUGAAGAAGGACGUGGAAGAGGUGAUCCUCUACGGCAACCACAACUCUCAGAGCAAUGGGUUCCUCCAGUCCUUGGGGAAAGGAACGGCGUCUUCAACGCACAGAGGGGCCAGUGACCUGCAGCUGGUGCGCGAGGCCCUGCGUAGUCUGCGGAACAGCUUCAGCGGCCACGACCCCCAACACCACACCAUUGAUAGCCUGGAGCAGGGCAUCUCCAGCCUGAUGGACAGGUUGCACCGCAUGGAGGUGCAGAAGAGGCAGGAGAAGAGGGUCCGAGGGAAAUCGCCUGCAGGCCACGUGGGGAGCGAAUAUCGGGAAUCUUGGCCUUCCAACUCCAGUGAGUGCAAUUCGGAAGUUCUCGUUCUCCGGGACACGUCCGGCUUCGAGAGGCCC